AAAUUCGAUGAAAUUCUGACUUUUACCACAGCGUAGCGGACGUUUCCGGUUGUGCAUUUACAUUUAAUAUACACUUAUGUUGUAGUAGACACUUUUGAGCAAAAAUCACGGCUGUGUCGCUUUUCUACCGCGGACUGAUGCUAUUCACGGUUAAUGAACAAUUUAUCCGUCCGCUCGAUCGAUGUACGUUGUCCGACAGAGCAGAGAACCAGUGAGUGGAGCUGAGAGGCGUCAAUGCUGUCAUACAUUUUUAUGAUAAUUAACCACAUUUGUGAAUUAUAUUAUCCAAUUACAUUAAAACCAAGUGUUAAAAAUGAUAAGAGAACCGAGGGAGACGGGUCUUCAGGAACGAUGUUUCUACGCGGUGAGGGAACACUUCGCUGUCCUGGGCGCGGACGCUGUCCUCGAUCUCCCAGCACCUCUCAUCGAGAUGCUCCUCCCGUACCUGACUGUGUGUCAGCUGGACGAGCUCCAGCCUCGGCUCAAUCAGAGAGGCAUAUCAACUUACUAUGGUUGGGUUAGAGUUCUGCAGUUCAUGUCGAGGAAGCUGUUCCAUACGGUAGACCUGCUCACGGAAGACGAGGUCAAGCAUGAAGUCAUGAGGAUGCUUUUCACGACCAUAUUCUAUGGCUACAAGAACAGCUAUGUGGUGAAGAACAGCACAAAUCUGAACACGCCUUCUUUCCUGUGGACUGCGGCAAAGUGCAUCAGGCAGUUUGUGGUGUCGGGCUCACGCGUUGAGCCUCUUCAAAGGUUAACUGCUGAGCAGCGGCCUCUUCUCGGCCUCCUGGAGAAGCAGAUCAGGAGCAUCGUUGGGUUUCAGGCCGUCGAUCUGUCAAAAAAGAAGGCGGAAACUGCGUUGUACGUCGUCCACCGGCUGCUCGACCACGGGGCGGCCUCAGAAGUUCUCGUGCAAGAGGGAUCUCCGAUCUUGCUGGCGUGGCUCCUACAUGGAAGGGGAUCAGAAUUUGUCAGUCUGGAGCUGAAGCGUCUCAUGGACGUUGAGAAGGAAAGUUUGUCAUCGGCCAGUGUCCAGGCUGCAGCCGCGGAGGUUAAUGAAGUGGCCCCAUGCAAACGCCGCAAGAUGGAUUCUCAGUCAGAGAUGGAGGAACAAGGAAAAGCAAGUCUAACAGUGGACCCAGAUGUUCUAUGUCACACCUUCUCUCCCUGUGAUGGUCCCUCACCUGGGCCAUGUCCACGGGGACAGAUCUCCGUUCUGGAGAUCAGGCAUUGUGAUUCUGACAGCCUCAGUGUGCUCAACUCCGCCCUGCCCACAUUUUUCUGCCUUCGCUCUCUAACCAUUCAUAACUACUUCACUUUCAGUGACACUGACGUGUGGAACCUGGCCUGUGCCCUGAAGAGGUUGUCCGAUAACCCUCGCAGCUCCCUCACUCAGCUGAACGUAAGCUACCUGUCAAAGGCCAAGCUCAUGGAUGUCCUGCUGGACGCCAACCCCAGAAUGACGACCCUGCACUUGGAGGUCCAGGACCGUUUAGUGCCGGAUCAACAGUCCGUACAACACCAUCCCAGGUUGUCAGAGGCAUCAGAGCUGUCCCUGGAGAAGCUGACGCUCAAAGUGGCCGUGUUCCAGACGCCGCUGCGUGUCGUCACGUCUCUGCUGAGACGCUCUCCUCGUCUCAGCUCACUCCACAUCGCAGGGCUGAGGUUACCGUUCAGCUCCUCUCUGAGCCCACUCCUCACCACGCUCUCGGAGUCAAAUCUCUGCCUGAAGACUCUCAACCUGGAGGACAUGAACCUGUCUGACUGUCUCCCUGAGAUCCUUCAUCUACUCAGACGCUGCAAGUUAGAAGAGCUGCACUGUAACGACUGUCGGCUCCUGGAGAAGUGCAGUGACAAGGAGGAGAGUCUGCAGCAGCUGGUGUCGGCUGUGAAGUCGGCGUUCUCGCUUCACACACUGAGUCUGGCUCAGAAUCGCCUCGCCAAGAAUGUGUGUGUGCUCGCUGAGCUCUUCUCUGGACCCUCACCGAGCUCACUGAAGCGACUGAACCUCAGCUCUAACUUCAUUCAGCCCGCUGAGCUGCUGGAGUUCACUCACAGGCUGAGGACACGGCGUCCCCCGCGGAGACUCGUCCUCGACCUGAAGAAGAACCCCGGCGACCGGGACCCCGACACAUGGAACGCAGCGCUCGGCGAACUCCGCCCCCUCUGUGUUCCUCUGGUGGAAUGCUGGAGAUCCACAAACACGAUGGCGGAACACGUCAGCGUCAUGUGACCGACGCCAGAGAAAGAGUGUGAGUUUGAUUUUCUCCUUAGGUUCCAAACAUCAGGUUCCAAAACUUACAUUUUUACAAAUUCACAAUCACAUGAUUGUAUGAGACAGUGGCGGCCAUUUUGAACCACAAAUGACAAAUGAAGCAGUUAAUGAGUUUCAAUAUGAACUGAAGGCUACAUAAUUAUGUUCUCCAACACACCUGGAAGGUAAAGGUGAGAUGAGGGAUGUUCAGCUGCAACUUCACCAACAGAUGUUUCUUAAUUUUAUAAUAAAUAAAUAAAUAAACAGAAACUGUGUUUAAGAGCUUUGGACUGCAGUGAAGAACUUUGAGCUUUGAUGGAGAGCUUUGGGCUGAGUACCUCUCGGUGUACAACCUGCCAGAAGUAGAAGAUUGUGUUGAGGAAUUUUGAACUCUCUCGCCGAACUUUGGACAUCAUUGAGGAACUUUUGAACUUUUUUGUGGAACUUUUAGAAAAUUGGAAACUUUCAACUUUGUUGAGGACUUUCAGAAACUCUGAACUUCGUUGAGGAACUUUGAACUUUUUUGAUGAACUUUGAACCUCUUAGUUGAAUUUUUAGAAAACUGGAAACUUUGAACUUUGCUGAGGAACUUUGAGAAAAUUGGAAACUUUGAACUACUUUGAGGAACUUUGAACCUUGUUAAGGAACUUUGAGAAGCUUUGAACUUUGUUGAGGAACUUUGAGAAAUAUUGAACUUUUUUCAGAAACUUUGAACUACCUUGGGGAACAUUGAGAAAUUCUUAAUUUAACAAACUGUGGAGGGCAGCAUCACACCUGUCAGUGUACAGCCUGCCAUAACUUCUCAGAAGAAGAAGAAGAAGAAUACCAAAAGUGUUGCUCAGUCCUUUCCUCUCAUGUUGCACGCUUGUGUAAUUUUCUUGUGUUGCAGGCAACUUCAUAUUUUUUUUAACCUGAUUGACACUGUAGACCUUUGAUGUUCAACUGAAAAUGUUCUUUUUUCCUCAUUAAAACGAACACAACUAAAUCAGGAGACUUUAACCUUAGAUUAAAUUAAAAAUGUUUUUAUUGAGCAACAAUUAUCAAUUUUUCAAUUUCACAUAAAUCGACUGUUUGACAUUUUUUUAAUGAUCAGCAUUAGCCAGUUGUUACAAACGACGCAUUUUUGUUCUAGAAACAAUAAGUCACUAAAACGUAAAUUUUUUCAUCCAAAUUUGACAAUUUUUUGUUUUUUGAUGACCAUUUUUUUUCUGUAUUUAAUAUUAAGCAUAUACAUUAUAUUUUAUUGAAAAUACUGUAUAUAAUUGAACUACAGUGGAGACAUAAAAUGUACAUUAAAUGUAGUUACAGUUAGCUGCCCUGAUUUCUAAAAAUCCUUAAAUAAAAACCCGUUUUGGGCGUUUCGUGGUCAGUUGUGCGUCAUAUUGGACGUGUUAAUUUUAAUUACGCAUCACGUGAUUCGUCUGUUGUGCACAGUGAUUGAAAAACAGUGUUUUGAUGUUUGAAUCUUUUAUUAAACCAGCGUCUGUUACACUUGAGCGUCUUCCCUCGGACAGAGUGAGUGACAGUGGACGUUCAGAUACAGACGGACAAAAACCCCGCAGGACGGACGAAGACGCGGCUUCACAGAGCCACCGCUGUCGUCUCCCCCCCACUGUCUUUAUUCUUUACGUAAGACGAACACCAUCAACACCGACCACCAAUUCAUCAUCAGUAAGAACCAAGUAGAAAAGAAAAAACGGACAAAAAUGGAUUAAAAAGAGCUUCAUGUUUUUCUUCUUUUUAAAGCUAAA